AUGAAGAUUUGCGACUCGUUACAAGGGUUGAAGCCAACGUUACUGAUGUUGGUGGUGCAAAUAAUAUUUGCUGGAGUCAAUAUUGUUUAUAAACUGGCUGCCAACGAUGGAAUGAAGUUGUCCAUUUUGGUGGGCUAUAGAUUCAUGUUUGGCGCUGCUUUUAUGGUUCCGGUUGCACUCUUGGUUGAAAGGAAGAAGAGGCCUAAGUUAACAUGGAUGGUAGUCUUCCAAGCAUUUCUUUGUGGCUUAUUCGGAGGAUCACUCGGCCAAAAUCUUUACUUGAAAGGUAUGGCAUUGACUUCUGCAACUUUUGCUUCGGCCUUGACCAAUCUUAUUCCCGCCAUUACAUUUGUUAUAGCCAUAAUCUUGAGGCUUGAGAAAUUGGGAUUGAAUACACUAGCUGGUAUGGCAAAGGUGAUUGGAACCCUAACCGGAAUAGGUGGAGCGAUGGUCCUUACAUUUUACAAAGGUCUAGAUAUAAACAUUUGGAACACAAACAUAAACCUGCUCGAAACAACUUCCAAACAUCAUGCGAUGAGUCCUAUACAAAGUUACCACGGUGGGACUGAAAUUAUAUAUGGUGCACUUCUAUCCUUGGCCAGUUGUGUUUGUUAUUCUCUCUGGUUGAUUAUUCAGGCUAAGGCAGCCCAGCGGUAUCCAUGCCCUUACUCUUUUACUGCAAUGAUGACCUUUUGGGCUUCGAUUCAAGGUACUGGAUUUGCAUUGUGUAUAGAGAGAGAUUGGAGCCAGUGGAAGUUAGGAUUGGACAUUAGACUCCUCACAGUAGUUGUUGCGGGCAUAUUAGGUUCGGGAGUAAUGUUCACAUUAAUUGCGUGGUGUGUGCGCGUAAGAGGUCCACUCUUUGUAUCAGUAUUCAACCCCUUGAUGCUUCUCCUGGUGGCUAUUGCUGGAGCUUUAUUUUUGAAAGAGAAACUACACUUGGGAACGGUAAUUGGAGCUGCAUUGAUUGUAAUUGGACUGUACUGUGUACUAUGGGGAAAAGGCAAGGAAAUCAAGAAGGUGGUACAGUUGGUGCCUGAAAACGACGUCCAAUCUGGACAAGUCGAGAUUGAAAUCCCAUCUUCACAGCGAGAUAACCAUAGUCGUGGCCGAAAUGAGGCUGCAGAGGACAAAGAAGAAGAGAAAAGGGAUUCUCGAGGUAGUUCUCGAGUUUUAGGAGGUCUUUACGGUUGGAAAGAACCAAGUGUGAAUGAAGAAAUAGUCUUCAUGUAUUAA